GCCCUCUGCCUUUCUCUUCUCUUCCAUCUUUUGUUAGGGAUCCUGGGCUCUCCUCUUUUCUCUGGGAAGCCAGAGCCCAAGUGCUCCAUUCCCAGGGAGGGAGUGCCCUCUAGGGCCAGGGGGAGUGAAGGCCUGAGGAGGCACCAGCUGGAGAAGAAGGGCAGGGCCUGGAGGCCAAGUCUGGAAGGGAAGGAGCUGCUGGCCAAUCAGGGGCGAGCCAACUGCACCCUGACCUGCUGGGCUGGGACAGCACAGAACCCUCAGGGCUGCCGUCCACACUCUCCCGGUCAGAGUCCUGGGACCACAUGGGGAUGCUCCUGUGGCUUCUUGCCUUCUCCAUUCUGGGUCUCCAGGCUUCGGAGGAUUUUCCACAGUUCUCCUGGAAUGAGACCCAAGCCAGAGGCUUGUCCCAGAGGCUUAUGGACCUGUUUGUCAGCAUCUCACAGUUCAUUCACAAGGGUCACAAUGAUACUCCCUCCAUCGUCUCCCGCAAGGAGUGGGGGGCGAGACCGCUCUCCUGCAGGGCCCUGCUGACCCUGCCUGUGGCCUACAUCAUCACAGACCAGCUCCCAGGGAUGCAGUGCCAGGAGCAGAGCAUUUGCAGCCAGAUGCUGCGGGGGUUGCAGUCCCAUUCCGUCUACACCAUAGGCUGGUGCGACGUGGCGUACAACUUCCUGGUUGGGGAUGAUGGCAGGGUGUAUGAAGGUGUUGGCUGGAACAUCCAAGGCUUGCACACCCAGGGCUACAACAACAUUUCCCUGGGCAUCGCCUUCUUUGGCAAUAAGAUAGGCAGCAGUCCUAGCCCUGCUGCCUUAUCAGCUGCAGAGAGUCUGAUCUCCUAUGCCAUCCAGAAGGGUCACCUGUCGCCCAGGUAUAUUCAGCCACUUCUUCUGAAAGAAGAGACCUGCCUGGACCCUCAACAUCCAGUGAUGCCCAGGAAGGUUUGCCCCAACAUCAUCAAACGAUCUGCUUGGGAAGCCAGAGAGACACACUGCCCGAAAAUGAACCUCCCAGCCAAAUACGUCAUCAUCAUCCACACCGCUGGCACAAGCUGCACUGUAUCCACAGACUGCCAGACUGUCGUCCGAAACAUACAGUCCUUUCACAUGGACACACGGAACUUUUGUGACAUUGGAUAUCACUUCCUGGUGGGCCAGGAUGGUGGCGUGUAUGAAGGGGUUGGAUGGCACAUCCUAGGCUCUCACACUUAUGGAUUCAACGAUAUUGCCCUAGGAAUUGCUUUCAUCGGCUACUUUGUAGAAAAGCCUCCAAAUGCUGCAGCGCUGGAGGCGGCCCAGGACCUGAUCCAGUGUGCCGUGGUUGAGGGGUACCUGACUCCAAACUACCUGCUGAUGGGCCACAGUGAUGUGGUCAACAUCCUGUCCCCUGGGCAGGCUUUGUAUAACAUCAUCAGCACCUGGCCUCAUUUCAAGCACUGAAGGAGGCCCCACUCCCUCUGAGACUGCCCUCCCUCCCCUGCCAGGUCUCUCCAAUCCUCACCAGCCAAGCUGGCUCAGCACCUUGUGUCCCCCUCCCCUGCCAGCCCAUCCUUUCUCAGGUUUGAAUGGUCAUGUCCUUUCCUGCCAACAUCCUCCAGGAGCCCCCAGACCUCACAGCUGGGCAUUCGCAGCCCUCUUGGUCUGAGUUUAGACUUCCCCUCUCUUCACCUACCUCUCCCCUGGGCACUUACCUCCUCAGUCAGGCGAGACAAUGGGCUGGUCCUUGUGGCAUUUCUCUCUCUCUCCCAACCCCUGUCUCCUCUUCUUUCUUUCCUUCCUUUCCCUUUCUUUCUUUUCUUUUCUUUCUUUCUUUCUUUCUUUCUUUCUUUCUUUCUUUCUUUCUUUCUUUCUUUCUUUCUUUUCUUUCCCUCCCUGCCUCCCUCCUUCCUUCCUUCCUUCCCUCUUUCUUAUUUCGCCUUCUUUCUUGCUUUCUCACUCUCUCUCUCUCUCUCCUCCCCUCUGCCUGGUGAGCCUUCCCUGUUUUCUGCCUGGAAGCCUCCACCCUUCAUCCCUCACCCAUGACCUAGGUCAUUUUGCCCACCCCUCCUCUCUACUCACACAUGGACUGGUACAUAUUUGGAUGCAGCCCUUACUUAAGUGCUGUAAUUAUUUAUAGAUAUGAUUUAUAGAUAUGUCUGUCCUCUCCUCUGGGUCGUAAGUUUCUCCAAGGGAGGAAUUCUAUUUUAUUCAUCUCUGUCCUCAGUUCCUCAGCAGUGUUUGGAGUUUAAUAGGUUCUACAGAUGUUUGUUAAAGAAAUGGAUUAAUAAAUGAA